AUGUGUGUAUCCGUUCUUAUACAACAACACGGUCUUCAUGGUUUUCCAUUGCUUAGGAAUUUUGCAUUCCGACACAUAACAAGUGAAGAGCCUCGCCAAUGUGAUGACGAGGACGGUUGGUGUUGCGUAAUUCUGUCGAGACCGAGUGAAGGACGAUUCUUCACCGAUAUGAUGGCAGUUGGAUUUAGGAAGGGAGAACCUCAGAAAAUACAAGUCCUUAAAUCAGAUGAUGAGGGGACAAGUGGACGUGGUUGUCGAAGAGAUCUGAGUAGAAGUCGUGAAUGA